UUACGCACUAGCAUUUUAGAAGAUGCAGGAUUUCAUCGAAGACAAAGGAUAUUUCCUCACAUAUAUUUUUCUCCGCUUCUUCUACCUUACACUUAUCGUGGAGUUGCGGUAGGCUUAGGGCGUGUUGUAUUUUGGCAAACGACCUUCGCUUGUUACAUCCCGCGAGCUACUAGUAUCAGUCGCUGAACCAGAGUAGCACCAUGGACACACCUCGGUAAGCACCAAUUGUAACACUACAUUAUUCUGCUGUGCACAUUUUCCCUUUAUUAUGACUUAUUUCAAUGGAAGUAUAUGAAAAUAAAACCCUAGGUGGGAUUGCUACCUGUUGAUAAAAAAAAUAGGGCAGUAUUCUCAAGGAUAAUAAGGUCGGGGAUUAUUCAGAAAAAUAAAACAUUGUCAAGACGAGCAAUUCUUUCGUAGGGUUUUGUUUGGCAGUUUUGCGCCCGAGAGUUUUUCUAGGAUCUUCUGUCGGAAUUUUCGAGGCCGUGGUUUUUAAGAGGUGGAAUUUGUUUUCCUAGGGCUUGGCAUGGCGGCCGGCAGGCAUGGCGGCCGCAGAGACGAUGAAUUCAGGGACAGGGAUUCGUUUUUUGUUAAAGAAAUGGAGGACAAUGAACGGGGCAGGAAUCGAGACGGGGACCGCCACCGUGACAGGGAGUGGGAAAAUGAUAGGGUUAGGGACCGCUCGAGGGACUACAGGCCUUCUAGGGCUCGGCACAGGGAAAAGGAUCACAGGGAUCGGAACGGGGUUUAUGCCUCUGGAUACUCUUCCUCGCCGCCUCGUGUUCAGGGUGAUAACAAUUAUAGCCACGGUCAGGCGAGCCACAGCAAGGAUGUGGAGAGGGAACCCGGGGAGCUUUCUAGCGGGAGUGUUUCCGAGGACGGCGGUGGUGGCUCUUGGGUUGCUGAUCAUGGCCCGGGAUUUGAUGCGGGGUUAGGGUUUCAGUCCAGUCAGUCUGUGGAAGUUGAAGUGCGCAAGCGCGAACAGAUGAAUAGUAGUCCUCCUCCUGUUCAGAAAAAAAGGAAAUAUUCUCCAAUUGUUUGGGAUUUAGAAGAGAAGCCCGCCUCCCCGGCCACUGCGCAGGCGAGGAUGGUGAGUAAUAAUUUAGGGUCCUCUAGUGCUGUAGAUGGUGUCGUUUUUUCUAAGGUAAGCCCAACUAAACUUCCUCCGCCCCCUCCGUUACCCCCCUCACUUUUAGCAAAUUCUACUCGCCCUGGAGAAUUAAUGUAUCUCAAUGCCAAAAUUACAACUUCUCCCGGAAACAGGGGCACCACUGAGGGUUCUGGAUCAAGAGUAGGAGCUGCUGUUGCCCCCUUAAAAAGCAAUUCUCCUAACAAGUCAGCGGGUAGAUUAUUUGAAUCCAAAGGAUGUACACCUCCAUUCCUCUACGGAGGAUUUGAAGAUUCCGUUUCUCCCCCCUCACCCAAUCGCAGUGUUCCAGGCAAUGAUGGCAAUGAGAAAGUGGAUGGUACUAGCGUUAGUUAUAUCCCCAUGCAAGAGCGUCGGCUGUCAUCAUUGUCAGAGGAGGAAAGAGAGCCUGGGCAGUUGCCCGACAGCCCCAAGCAGCUUGAAGAUGAGGAAGAGUCUUACCUCCCACCUACUCGCUAUAUUUCCACAUCGCGGUGGGCAGAGGAGUACAAUUCCCCCAGAGAUUUGAAAUCUGAGGAUGAAGGACUAGGAAAGAGGAAAAAACAGUCCAGCAGCAUGGACAGUGAAGAGGGAAGGUAUUCAUCUGAGCGUAGUGGCAUGAACAAGCAGGGUAGUGGGCAGAGUAUUUCCCCUGAACCUGGUGAAUACACAGGGGAGAGAUUGGGAAGUUCAAGAGGAAAAUCAAGAAGUUCUGAUGAAGAAAUGGGACAAGUUGUUGGAGAGAGAGAUAAUGAGAAGGUUGUGAGAGGGGAUGAACUUUAUGAUCAGGAGUUGAAUGAGCGAGAGCUUAUGGACUUGGAGAACAGUAAUGAUAGUGAAGAUGUCAAUCACGAUCAACGACCUCAGUCAGAGUCAGAGGAUGAACCUGAUUCUGCUGUUCCAGUUGAGCCUCCUGUACCGCCGCUACGGACAAUUGACAUGUUACAGGGUUGCAGAAGUGUUGAUGAAUUUGAGAGGCUCAAUAAGAUCGAUGAAGGUACUUAUGGAGUUGUUUACAGGGCUAAGAAUAAGAAAACUGGGGAAAUAGUGGCUUUGAAAAAGGUAAAGAUGGAAAAAGAGAGAGAGGGCUUUCCCUUAACUUCUCUGAGGGAGAUAAAUGUUUUGCUUUCCUUCCACCAUCCAUCUGUUGUUGAUGUAAAGGAGGUAGUGGUAGGAAGCAACUUAGAUAGCAUAUUUAUGGUGAUGGAAUAUAUGGAACAUGAUCUAAAAGGACUUAUGGAAACCAUGAAACAACCCUACAGCCAGAGUGAAGUUAAGUGUCUGAUGCUGCAGCUCUUUGAGGGUGUUAAAUAUCUUCAUGACAAUUGGGUACUGCACAGGGACUUGAAAACGUCAAAUCUUCUUUUAAACAAUCGGGGUGAAUUGAAGAUUUGCGAUUUUGGUUUGGCUCGUCAAUAUGGGAGUCCAUUGAAACCUUACACCCUUAUGGUGGUCACAUUAUGGUAUAGAGCUCCAGAGCUUCUAUUGGGAGCAAAACAGUAUUCAACAGCUAUUGAUAUGUGGUCUCUUGGAUGUAUUAUGGCGGAACUUUUGGCAAAGGAACCUUUGUUCAGUGGAAAAAGUGAAAUUGAUCAACUAGACAAGAUAUUUAGGACUCUGGGGACUCCAAAUGAAAAAAUAUGGCCAGAUUUUGUCAAUUUGCCAGGCGUGAAACGCAACUUUUUAAAGCAACCGUAUAAUAAACUUCGGGAUAAAUUUCCACCAACAUCAUUUUCUGGAAGGCCAACUCUAUCAGAAAGUGGGUUUGAUCUUUUGAAUCGACUUCUUACAUAUGAUCCCAACAAGCGAAUAACAGCAGAGGAAGCGCUUAAGCAUGAAUGGUUCAGGGAAGUACCACUGCCAAAAUCAAAAGAGUUUAUGCCAACAUUUCCAGCUCGAAAUGAUCAUGAUAGGCGAAUGCGGAGGAUUCUGAAGAGCCCAGAUCCUUUAGAAGAGCAACGGAGAAAAGAGCUUCGGCAAGGUGAAUUAGGUGCUGGUGGCUUGUUUUGCUGAUUUUAGAGAAGGUACUCUGUCAAAGAACAGGCAUGCACUAUGGAAGGCAUUUGUUCCUGAGGUACACAUGGACAUCAUUCUGAUUAAAUCUUCAAGAAAGAUAUUAAUCAGCACUCAAAGUUGCAAAAACUGUCUUGAAAUUUUCAAUAAUUCAUAAUGUUGAUGAGCAGGCUCCUCAGAUCACAUUUGUAAGUGGAGGAUGUCAGUAUCUUGGGCUUUUGCCACCAAGUGAAAUAUGUUCUCGAAUUUAUUUUAUUCUUCAGGGCUAAUGCUUCUAGAGUGAAUCCUGCAUGCAGCUUGCAUCGCAAGGUUUGGCUUAAGGUCUUCCAUUGGGUUACCUCAGGUUCAUUUGAAGAUUGUGUAUGUAACAUAUUUUCUUUUGGAAUAGUAUUAAAGAUAAACAAGUUUCACCAAAGCUGUGCGAUGCUAUCGAUGUUUAUUUUGCAAUAUGUGAAUUUGUUAUAUUUUUAAUCUUGCCAUUGUGUUUGCAAGAGAACGACUGGUGAUAAGUGGAGGGCAUUUGCACUUAAUACCACAGAAGGGAUUGAAGGCAUAAAGCACUUUUUUUUUAAGUAACAGAGCCAGCAGGUUCAAGAGGGGAUGAACUUGACAAAAUUUUAUCAUUUGGGAAUCUUUCAUAGAUUGGUUGUCUCAUUGCAUGUUCCAGGGAUGAUUUGCCAGUGUGGUAGAGAAUUGAGGGCAUCUUGCACAAAAAUGGAAGAAGAGACGUAUAUGAGCAUAUCAGGCAACUGUGGCAAUUUGUGUGUUUAUAUUCUACCAAUCCGUAGGGCAAUGGGACAAACUGCUCUGCGUUCCAAGCUUCCAAUACGGCUAUGUUAAAGUUUCACCAUAAUAUUAAAGAUUGUUGAUGGUCAAUGCUUUUGCCAAUGAACAUUCAACAUUGUGAUUCUCUGCCUUAUGGAGUCAAUUAUUUAGUUAUUCAAUCAGGAGAAGGGAACGAAUCAUCUAUCCAACGAAGUUAAGUGAUAAAUUAAGGUGAAAGAUGGGUAUGGUUAUUUUUUAAGGAAGCGAUAUGACCCAAUAGUAUUCUUGAAGCCUAUCAAAAAUUUGUCAAAGAGGACCCACAUUUCAGUGCAUCUAUUCUUGGUUUGGUGUAUCUGUUGAUUGUUUCAACGGUUAUAUCUUAGUUAUAAAGUUUCUAAUUUUUAGAGUUUAGCAUAUGCAUCUACAAAAUGGUCUAUACACUUUGUAAAUUAGUAGUUUUAUUUUGGACAUAUUUUUAUAUCAUUUGGGUAAGCCCGCAAUAAUGAGUCCCACUUUUUUGCCAUUGUAGGGCAUUGAAAUCAACAUUUUCAGCUAAAUCAUUAUUUUUUCACACCUAUUGUAGUUAAAUAGUUAAGAAUAUGAAGAUCAUGUGAACUAGUGAUUUGUGAGAUUC